CCCAAAUUAAUGCCCAGAAGUAAAUCAUCACAAUUGAACCAACUGGGCGUUUUUACCUCCAUCAACAUCAAGACAGUCCAAGAUCAAGAUGCCUAGUUUCCAAAUUACAACAUCCGACUAUGAGCAUUUCGCAUCUAUCCCGUGGUGUGCUAAGCACCUACGCGGCCGAAGAGUUAUCUCCGGCUCUCCGGCUAGCCGCAAGCGGAAGUCAAACGGGGAAGACAGCCUGUACGCGGAGACCCUAAAAACGCAAACUACCAUCUUAGCCAUGUUAGAGGUCUACGAGGAACCCAAAUUGCCGACGGACCGCGUGGACUCUCUUAAAAUGUUCUUAACCCUAGGCUCAGGCUUAAAUGGGCACCCGGGCAUCUGUCACGGCGGCAUCGUCGUGGCCAUCCUUGACGAGGUCAUCGGCCUUCUCAUACCAACCAACCAGCAGAGGGGGACCAUGAAGAACCUACCAUUUAUGACGGCUUAUCUUAACACGACGUUUCUGAAGCCAGUUCCCACUUGCGCGACCAUUAUGGCGCGAGCCAGGAUCUUGAAGGUCGAGGGACGGAAGUACCAUGCGGAGGGUUGGAUCGAAGAUGGGCAUGGGGCGAUAUUAGCCCAUGCUGAUGCUUUAUUCGUCACGCUGAAGAGCGCUUUAUAAACCGACCGCCAUUCUGCAUGCGCUUUAAUCCGGGGAUAACUCGUGUACACCAACCGGCACCGAGAUAAUCUCAUAUUUCGAUAACUUGGGCAAAAGCCCCGACCACUAGCUACUGGUGCAGGUUACCUGCCUGACCAAAGGACGUUUUACUUCAGUAAGAAGUGUAGUAUCAGAUAUCCGUUAUGUGAUGAGGGAGAAAGAUUUUAAGUCUAGAAACAGGAUAGAGCGCUGGGCGGCAUUCCUAUAAGACUAGAAAGUUAAGGAGUACAUGCACUUGAGCAAUGCAUGAAUAACCACUCCAUGGUUAAAUUCUUGGAGUUAACAGGAUCCGCGUUAAUCGGAAUUCUCAUAGAUCCGUUAUAUAGGUAGUU